GCUGUAGUUUCCGGAGUAAGAUGGCCGCAGUGCGUGUGCUGCGGACCUGGAGCCAGAGAGCCGGGCGGCUGGUUUGCGUUCGCUACUUUCAGACACGGAGUGAUGUUCGUGCUUUGAAACCCAAAUAUGUGUGUUUCUUCGGCCACCCUUCCUUCAAGGCUAGCCAUCCGCACCGACCGCUGAAAACAACUGCUGGUCACCGGGGACAGAUUGUCCAGUUCAAACUCUCAGACAUCGGAGAAGGCAUCAGAGAAGUAACUGUCAAAGAAUGGUUCGUGAAGGAAGGAGACACCGUGUCUCAGUUCGACAGCAUCUGUGAAGUUCAGAGCGACAAAGCUUCUGUUACCAUCACCAGUCGUUACGAUGGCGUCAUUAAGAAACUGUACUAUAACCUAGAGGACACGGCCUAUGUGGGGAAGCCACUCGUCGACAUAGAAACAGAAGCUUUAAAAGAUUCCGAGGAGGAUGUGGUGGAAACGCCUGCCGUGUCCCAUGACGAGCACACUCACCAGGAGAUAAAAGGGCACAAGACGCUGGCCACCCCGGCGGUGCGCCGCCUGGCCAUGGAGAACAACAUUAAGCUGAGUGAAGUUGUUGGCUCAGGAAAAGAUGGCAGAAUACUCAAAGAAGAUAUUCUCAACUUUUUGGAGAAGCAGACAGGAGCUAUAUUACCUCCUUCACCAAAAGCCGAAAUUAUGCCACCUCCACCGAAACCAAAAGACAAACCUCUUCCUACCCCAGUGGCAAAACCUGUGGUAUUCACAGGCCAGGACAGAACAGAGCCCAUAACAGGCUUUCGGAAAGCGAUGGUCAAGACCAUGACCGCAGCCCUGAAGAUCCCGCACUUCGGCUACUGUGACGAGGUCGACCUCACCGAGCUGGUGAAGCUGCGAGAAGAAUUGAAACCCGUUGCUUCUGCUCGUGGAAUUAAACUCUCCUUUAUGCCCUUCUUCAUAAAGGCCGCCUCCCUGGGAUUGCUGCAGUUCCCCAUCCUCAAUGCCUCGGUGGACGAGAGCUGCCAGAAGGUCACCUACAAGGCGUCUCACAACAUCGGGGUGGCCAUGGACACCGAGCAGGGGCUGAUCGUCCCGAACGUGAAGAGCGUCCAGGCGCGAUCCGUGAUGGACAUCGCGGCGGAGCUGAACCGCCUCCAGCAGCUGGGCUCCACGGGGCAGCUCAGCACCGCCGACCUCACGGGGGGCACCUUCACCCUCUCCAACAUCGGCUCCAUCGGCGGCACCUACGCCAAAGCAGUGAUCCUGCCGCCCGAAGUCGCCAUUGGGGCUCUUGGGUCAAUUAAGGCCCUUCCUCGGUUCAACCAGAAGGGAGACGUGUAUAAGGCGCAGAUCAUGAACGUGAGCUGGUCGGCCGAUCACAGAGUCAUCGACGGGGCCACCAUGUCGCGCUUCUCCAACCUGUGGAAGUCCUACUUGGAAAACCCAGCGUCCAUGCUGCUGGACCUGAAGUGAAGACCGGACGUCCCCAGCUGUUGGAGCUUCCAAAGAGAAUAGGGCCUCGCUGUGCCGCGGCCCCCGACAGUCCGUGUCGUGCCCGUUGUGUUGGAUGAUUAAAUUCUGAGGCGCCACGCUUACCCCUGCUCCGAUACCCUCUCCUGCAAGUGAGGAACAGUGGGCUGGUUCUUCCGCGGCUGUAGUCACAUUGUAUAGGUCAUGGUGUUAGUUCUUAAUGGUGCUGAGGCCGCUGUGUCAAUGGAUUGAAACUGCCAAGAACACAAUUCGUUCCCCAGAAGACAGGUAGCCAUAGAUAGUAUCUGCCCUAUUCCUUCUCUUCUCUUAAACUGACUCAGUGAGACUUUUUGAUUACACGAAGUAGGGAAAAGGACUGUACAAAAAUACCUUCCAUUCCCCACAGGAAUGCAAUUGCUGUAUAAACCAAGUGCAAUUAUACUUUGGAUCUAAGAUACCCAGGGGUCUGUUACUGUGCAAAGGUCGUCAAUGCCUUAUUUAUGUAAAUUAGUAUCUUUUAAAGGGGGAGAUUGUAAGUGGAUCUUAAUGCCCAGUUACAUUUUAUAACCAGUGAAGAGAGAGAGCCAUCCAAUUGGUGUGGCUCAGUGGUUGAGUGUUGACCUACGAACCAGAAGGUCAUGGUUCCACCCCAGUCAGGAUACAUGCCCAGGUUGCAGUCCCAGUGUAGGGCGUACAGGAGGCAGC